CGGCGCUUCCUUGCGGUCCGGAGCGACUCCAAGACCCCAUCCGACUUUCCUCUUUUUCCACCGCCCCCGGCCUUUUCCCGGUCCUCUUCGUCGGCGGCGUCGCCGUCCGCCAUCCUCGGAGGCCUCCUCCGACUCCGAAACUAGGUGAGCAAGUCUCCUCCGAGCUUGGGGCCGCCGCUCGCCGGUUCACUUGCUAUCAAGGGCAGAUGCGGAGUGCAGCGAGUCGCGCGCAGUCGCGCACUGGAGGGGCAGCCACCUGUUUGGCACUCGUGCUGUCAAACUGAUAGUGAGUGACUGUUUACAGUGAUUAGUGCCUUGAUUAAUGUUUUUCCACGUGCCCAACGGCCGCCCGAGUCCGCCACCCUCGCGCCCCCGUGAGUGUGCGUGUGCCCGCGCCCCUGCGCCCCGCGCGAGCCGCCCCUGGACUUCCGAGCCAACAUGAUCGGCGGCUACUACGACCGCAACCCGCUGCUCAAAGGCACCCUGACGAGCGUGGAGAGAGACCGCCUGCGAGAGCGGGAGAGGCAGGCCAGGGCACAGAUGACUUCGCAAGUGGACGACCAGGGGACCUUUCUCUUUGGAGCGCCCUUCCGGGUGAACCCGUCCAGCAGCGACCCCGUCACGCAGCAGAUCCAGAGCAAGCUCGGCGACUUCCAGAGACUCAAGCCGUUCCUCGACCACACCCUCGGCGUCGAUGGCGUCCCGCCCAGUCCCGGCGUGCCCAACGGGCCGUCGUCGCGCCACAACAACGUCUUCAUGGCGAACGUGCCGGCGUCGGGGGCGUCGGCGCGCCUGCAGCCGUCGCCGGAGGCCCGGCCAGAGUUCAAGAAGCCGCACCAUCACCAGCUGCACCACCAGCACCAGAGGGGCGGUUACGUGAAGCCGGCGGACGGGAAGCCGCCCUACGAGGGCAGGGGCGGCUAUCCGGGCCAGCCCGUCAAGCACGGCAGCGGCAUCACCAACCACAGGUCCAAUGGGAUUCUUCCUGCCAAGGGUCCACCCCAGUCUUCGCCAAAUGCCUCGGCUUCCUUACUGCCGUCCAACAACUCCUCGAGUCGGUUACACGCCAGUGGUGCCCGCAAUCAUCCCCGCAAUACAUUCGAACAGAAUCAAGGACCUCCGGCUGGCCCGAGGGAACCUUUGCCUUCCGCUACACCCAACACCGACAUGGAGAACAUAUUCAAGGAGAUGAUCGAGAGUCGAACUCCCGUCACUGCCAUCGCCGCAACUCCCAGGAAGGAGCCCGACCAUAAGUUCACCUUCAGCCCCGGUUUCGCCAAGUUGACGGAGGCGACGCCAGCGCCGCCUGCACCCAAAAAACGCGAAAAGGUGCCCGCCCCUAGACCCUCGACCGACCUCCAAGAUGAUCUAAAUCUGUCAGAUGACAGCGAUGACGAACAAAAGCGCGACCAGCAAUCUUCCAAGUUACCAGUAGAAAACAGGAUGGUCUCCCCCCUGGGCGCCACCCCCGCCGUGAGCAACUUCUCCAAGAUGGAGUUCGCCCCGGAGCCGGCGCCGCCGCCCCCCGCGUCGUCGUCGAGCGACUCCGGCUCGGACAGCGGCUCCGAGAGCGACUCCAGCAGCGACGACUCCGUCGAAGACAACGUGUCGUCGUCCAACGCCGCCAAGCCCGCCGCCGCCGACCCUGCGCCGUCCCCUCCGCCCGAGGAGAAGGACAAGAAGCGGUGGAACCUCGGCUCGUACCUCGAGUUCGACAACGCCAAAGCCGACUCGGCGCUAUCGCCGAAGACGACGUCGCCCGUCACCGCCGACAAGAAGGCGCCCGACGAGUCGGACGGCAGCGACUCCAAGGACCUGGACAGCGUAGUCGCGGAGGCAUUGGCGGUGAAGGCCGUGCCGCUGCUGUCGAGCUUGUCGGACUCGGACGACAGCGCGACCGAGCGGCGCGCCAAGAGGCGCCGCCGAGUUACCAAGAGUUCGGAGAGUGACAGUGCCGACGAGCGGACGAGAAAAGCGAAGCCGGUGCCGGUGCAGCGGCCGAACGCGCGGACCAAGUCGGCGGACUCGUGCAGUGACGAUGAGUUCAGUGCCAACGUGUGCAAGAAGCCGGAGGCGGCGAAGCCGAAACAGAGCCGCGGACGACCGCGGAAGGCGAAGCCGCCGCCACCCCCGGACAAGAAGCCCAGAAAGCGCGGCCGCCCCCCGAAGAACAGGCCGUCGCACCCGAGCUCCUCGGACGAGGAGGACAACGCCGAGAAGGAGAAGCAGCGGCCGGCGAGGCGGAGGACGGUCUCGAAGAGGGACGCGUCGAGCAGCGACGAGUCGGGCGCGAGCAGGAAUCGCACGCCGAAGGAGAAGCCGAAGAAGAAGGCGAAGGAGGAUGACGACUGGGGCAAGAAGGUCAAGAAGGAAGGGACGAAGAAGGAGACGUUCAGGAGGAAAGGUCGGACGACGAUGUCCCAACACAAGAGCGCCGCAACGCUUCCCACAACGACCGAUUCCAGCGACAGCGACUCGGGGCCAUCCAAGGCCCGCCUACAACGAAGCCCCAGCUCCGAAAGUCGCCGGAGCAGGUCUUCAGACAGCGAGCACAACAGUAGGCCUUCCGGCAGCAAGGUGGAAGUAAAAGUGGAAGAAAGCAAGCCCAUCAAAGACAAGAACAAGAGCGACACGUUACGAAAGCUCUUCACGCCGAAGCGCGAUUCCGAGGGCGGGAAAGGCGGCGGCAAGGGCGGCGGUAAAGGCGGCAAGGGUGGCAAAGGCAAGGGCGGCGUGAACGUGAUAUUCGCCGACGGUGGCAACGAGAGGAGCAGUUCUCCAGUCGAAGAGGAAUCAAUGCCUACCAUAUCAAACCCAACGCUUCUAUCACCCAUCCCCAGCAAGGACAUCAAACCGCCCCCGUCACCCUGUAACGAACCAAUCAAAUUUGUUAAGACUGAACCGGACGAUGGCAAUCACGAGGAGAAGAUGGUGCCCGUGCGAGUGAAGAUCAGCCUGAGCAACAUCGACCUGAACGCGAUCCAGUGCCUGAAGAACAAGCUAGAGAUGCUGAAGCAUCCGUACCUGAAGGAGCUGGAGGCGAAGGCGAAGGAGAAGAAGGCGGAGAAGGGACCGUCGGACGUGCCCGAAUUGAAACACAAAUCAAAAAAGCGGAAGCGGAGGAACAGCUCGAGUUCCAUUUCGUCGAUGUCGACGGUGAGCAACAUGUCGCACACGAGCAAGAAAGUGGAGCACAGGAAGGAGAGGGACAGCCACAAGUCCAAGAGGCGAAAAGAAGACGCCGAAAUCUACCCGAGAUCUCAAAGUGAUAAUAUCAGUUUAACGAAUGCACCUCCCACCAACCACGAGCGGGAAGGCAGCCGAAGCCGCCAACUGAGCUCACCUGUCGACAAAAACGUCAAGUCGCAGAGUACCAGAGAGUAUUAUUCGUACUUCGAGAAGCCCGACGAGCCGCUGGAGUGCGAAGAAAGGGCUCAAAGUCAGUACCUGAGCGACGCGACACGACUAAAACACCUGGCUGACAAAGAGACUGAUACCACGAAGCAAUGUAUGCUGUACCUAGAGGCUGUACUUUUUUUCUUGUUAACGGGCAACGCCAUGGAACUCACGAGGGUUACAGAAAACGCCUGUUUCACCAUGUAUAAAGACACGUUAUCGUUAAUAAGGUACAUCACCUCGAAAUUCAGAAGUCAGCAUAAUGCGUCUUCGAAGCACAACAAGCUCGCUGUGUUAAGUUAUCGGUGCCAAGCACUUUUGUACUAUAAGUUGUUCAAGAUGAAGAAACAUGAAGCGAAAGACUACCAGAAGGUCCUGAGCGAAUACUUCAACAAUAAGGCUGUGGCGAUGCCCCCAGAGCAGCAGAAUCAGCAGGGCCAAGGAACCCCGUCCCCCAUGUCGCCCACGCCGUCUCCUGCUGGUUCGGUGGGUUCAGUGGGCAGUCAGUCGUCCGGCUACAGUAGCGGCGAGUUGGCGGCUCGAGGUAGUAACGUGGCGGCGGCGGUGCCGUCCACCCAUACCCAAGGCAUGGGCGGCCACGUCUGGGUUCCCCAGGGGAUGUACAACGCCAUGUACAAGCAGAACCAGAACUUCACAUAUCUUCUGUCUUGUCAGGACCUCUGGGACACGGCCGACAAUCUAGUGAUUAAGGGUAAACUCAUAGAUUUCUUUAUCGACUUGGAUAGGUUAUGUAAGCCGUUGACGAUGCACAGCUCGCUGAUCGACUUAGUGAGGUAUAUUCGAGAGGGGAUAAAGAGGUUGAACGAGAGUACGAAUUGACCAAUGACGUUUGUAAAUAAUAUAAAUGUAUGCCAAAGAAGCACUGAGUCAAUUUCAAUGUCAAUGGAACCAGCUUGUUACUUGGAUGGAAUAUACACUUUUUACAUUUUACCUACAGAUUAUAUUAGAGUAGUUGACUUAUUUAAUCAUUUACUUAGGGCAUAUUUGCCGGUUAGAUUGGUUUAAUGUUGACUAGAACAAUUGAGUGAUCCUAUAUAUUAUAUGACUUUUGAUGUCGUUUCUAGUUAACUGACUUAGGGUGCAGUACUAUAAUAAUAUUUUUACAAUGAUAGGAAAUUCCACGUACAUAGUGUAUAUUUUUUUGUAAAUACUGUAUGCUAAAGUUAUAUAUUUACUACAUCUGCUAUAUUUGUACAACGCUAAUCUAGAGGCCUAGUGAAUCAAACUAUUACAUCUCACGUGGUUGUGGAUGUUGAAUUAAUAAAUAUUAGUCAUUGUUAUUUUUGCAUAUAUAUUGUAGGCUAAGUGUGCAUAUGUAACAUGUAUGUAAAAAUCUUGUAUCAUAUUUUAUAAAUUUUAAAUUAUUUUAUUUGUAUUAUAAGUAUUUUCAUUAAGGCCAUUUACAAAACAAAAAUCAAAUCGAUAUGUAUAAUUUUGUACCUAUAUUUGUUGUUGCAUUAUUUAAAUACGCUGGCAGAAAAUCUUAAAGUAUAUUAGUUUUCUUCCAGAGUGAUUGACGUAUUGAGCACUCAUCACUAAGUAAAGUUUCACUAUGAUCGAUCCCCGAACAUUUACUCAUACAGUUUUAAUCAAAACUGAAGGUUGAUCUCAAAUGUUUAACUUGUUAUUAACACUUUCAUUAAUUGUAGUGAAAAUUUACUUAAAUGUGCAGAACAAAGUUUGGUUACUACAAACUUGAAACUCUCUUUGCACAUUGUUGGUUAAUGUGGUGCUAGCGCAACCUUUCCUGCCCCCUUUACAAAAUACAAAUCCGACGAUGGACAGAAUAGUCACUACGACAGGAAAGGUUGUCUUAUUAUUUCCUCCUCUUUUUUUUUAAUUAUUAUUAUUAUUAUUUAUCUCUUCUUACAUUGUUUUGCCGCAUUCAUUAUGGUCAGAAAUGGUAAACAAGGCUGUUUGGGACCAAGGAAAAAAUCUCUGAAUGUGUAUACGAUUGGCAUGUCGGAAACGUUUCACUUUGAUAUUAAUUACGAAAUCUCAGUUUUCGCCUGCAUUCAGUUGAUUUUCAUUAAUUGUUUUUAAUUUGCGUUUGAGAUGUUGCUGUUUUUAUUGUAAACUGUUUUAACUCGUUAUUUAUUGGAGCCUGCAUUUUUAUCAUGCUAUCACAAUCUGAACAUAUCGACUGACAGAAUGAUGUUUGUUUUUCUCUUUUUUUUUUGUUUGAAAUAUAUUAAUUUAUUUUAUA